GUGCUACAUCAACUCUCAACGCAUGCGCUGUCCUUCUCGUCUCUCAUUGGCUGACGGCUGGACGCUGUACGUGCGUCGGCGCUUCCUCAACGUGACUCGCAGAAACAGCAAAAUAUAAGAUGGCCGGUCACCGGUUGGUCCUGGUGCUAGGUGACCUGCACAUCCCUCACCGGUGCAACACUCUUCCGGCCAAGUUCAAGAAGCUUCUGGUCCCGGGGAAGAUCCAGCACAUCCUGUGCACCGGCAACCUGUGCACCAAGGAGAGCUACGACUACCUGAAGACGCUCGCCGGGGACGUGCACAUCGUGAGGGGAGACUUCGACGAGAACCUGAACUACCCGGAGCAGAAGGUGGUGACGGUGGGCCAGUUUAAGAUCGGGCUCAUCCACGGCCACCAGGUGGUGCCGUGGGGCGACAUGGCGAGCCUGGCGCUGCUGCAGCGGCAGCUGGACGUGGACAUCCUCAUCUCGGGACACACGCACAAGUUCGAGGCGUUCGAGAGCGAGAACAAGUUCUACAUCAACCCCGGGUCGGCCACGGGGGCCUACAGCGCCCUGGAGAGCAACAUCAUCCCCUCUUUUGUAUUAAUGGACAUCCAGGCGUCGACGGUCGUGACGUACGUUUACCAGCUGAUCGGAGACGACGUCAAGGUGGAGAGGAUCGAGUACAAGAAAACCUAGAGGGGAGGGGGGAGGAGGAGGAGG